AUGGAUGAUAACAGGAAUAUAGCGGAGGAUAAAAUCGAAUCGGAUAAUGCUGAUAGGGCAAUAUCGGUUAAUAUCGAUGCUGUAGAACGAAUGCAAACCAUUGGAAUCGGAUCAUUUGGCCGAGUAUAUUUGGCACGUGAUCGUAUCACGAAGAAAUUUUAUUACGCGCUUAAAAAAAUGUCAAUAAGUAAAGUGAUCUUAACACGACAAAUAAAUCACGUUUUUUCCGAGAAAAAAAUCUUGGCUUCACUUACACAUCCAUUCAUUGUUAAAAUGUAUAAUUCAAAAUGUGAUGGACAAAAUUUGUAUAUUUUAUUUGAAUAUAUCUCUGGCGGUGAACUCUUCUCGUAUCUACGAAAUAUCAAACGAUUUCCUAUUAUAACAGCACGAUUUUAUGCAUGCGAAGUGAUAUUAGCAUUAGAAUAUUUGCAUUCUAAAAAUAUUGCUUAUCGUGAUUUAAAACCUGAAAAUUUGAUGCUGACAACAAUUGGUCAUCUGAAAUUAACUGAUUUUGGAUUUGCUAAAAUCAUCAAUGAAGUGACUAAUACAUUAUGUGGUACACCAGAAUAUUUGGCACCAGAAGUAACAGAUGGCAAUGGCUACAAUAAAGCGGUGGAUUGGUGGUCAUUUGGUAUUCUAAUUUAUGAAAUGCUUACCGGCUUACCACCGUUUCAGGGUGAUACAUUAACAGAUAUCUAUGCCGAAAUUAUGACCGAUCGGAUACAUUUUCCGAGAAGUAUGGAUUCCUUCACCAAAGAUCUCAUCAAGAGGCUACUUCAAUUAGAUCCUACUAAAAGAUUAGGUAAUUUGAAAGGCGGUGUUGAUGAUAUCAAAAUUCACAAAUGGUUUGAUGAUAUAAUAUGGGAUGAUGUAAUUAAUAUGAAAAUAGCGCCACCAAUUAUUCCAAGAUUGCAAUCAACUGGUGAUACCAGCAAUUUUGAUGAUUAUGACGAAGAAAGUGAUGAGGAUCAAAUGAUACCAUCACAAGAAGAAAUCGAUUUAUUUCAUGAUUGGUGA